CCAUACAUCGUGUAUAUGGGUGACUUGCCCGCUGGAUCUCCCUCGACCACGGUGGCGGAUGACCACCAUAAUCUGCUUUUGGACGCCAUUGGAGAGUAUAUAUUUCAUUGCACCCUUUACUAUUUGAAUAUAAUUAAGAUGUGUGGUUUUGAAAUUAUGUAACAAUAACCUUAUUCAUACUCAUACUCAUAUUUUUUAGUUGUAUAUUGUGGUGUGUGUUGGAAACCUUAUCAAAGUCUAAUAUUGAUUAGAUAAGAUUAUAUAAGUAAUAACAACUAUCUUUAUUGGUACAAAGUCUUUUAGGUGAAAUAAAAGCAAAGUCAUAAGGACAAUAUGUCAAAACUAGACAAUAUCAUACCAGUUAGGCUCUCAGAUUUUAAGUUAGUUUCCAUAUUGUGCUUAAUCUCGGUAUUGUCCUUAGAUUUCAAAAUUAACAAACUUUCAUAACAUAAUUGUUUGUUUAUGUGCAUCCUUCGACCCUUCGACCCAUCAAAUCCUUUCUAAAAUGUUUAUUGAAGUAAAACUUUCAUCAGAUAAGACAUACCAAUGGAAAUAAUCGUCCACAAUGAUAUCACUUCCUUCUUUAAUUCAUCCACGUGUGAUUUUGUUCGCACUUCCAGAAAACAAAGGACGUGUUUAUAUAAUUGCUUAGUCCCGAAAGUAGAGAGAAAUUAAUUAGGUGAUUGAUAAUAAAUAAAUUAGAAUAAUUGGGCAGUGAAAAGAUAGCGAGAGAAUCCAAAAUAUACAGCUAUGGAAAGAGCUUCAAUGGGUUCGCAGCCAGACUUUUGCCUGACGAAGCCACCAAGCUCUCAGGUAAAUGAAGAGAGUGUGGUUUCGGUGUUUGAGAGCAGAAAGAAGAGAGUUCUGACGACAAGAUCAUGGGAGUUUUUGGGAUUAAAUCAUCAGUAUUCCAAACGUAACCCAUUAAUCGAGUCUAAUCUCAUUGUCGCCGUUUUUGAUACGGGGAUUUGGAUAGACAGUCCUAGUUUCAGCGAUGAAGGUUAUGGUCCACCUCCCCCUAAAUGGAAGGGAAAAUGUGUCACUGGACCCAACUUCACUGCCUGCAACAACAAAGUGAUCGGUGCCAAUUACUUCGAUCUAGACAAAGUAACCUCAUACCCAGAGUUGAGCGUUGCGGACACGGACGGCCAUGGAUCUCACAUCGCCUCCACUGUGGCUGGUUCCGCGGUGGCGGGUGCAAGCUUGUACGGUCUCGCCAAAGGAACUGCGCGCGGCGGCGUGCCUUCAGCUCGGAUUGCAGUCUACAAAGUGUGCUGGAGUGUUUUCUGCAACGAAAUGGACGUUCUUGCUGCCUUCGAUGAGGCCAUCGCUGACGGCGUCGAUUUAAUUUCCGUCUCCAUAGGUUCCCCGCCGAUGGAUUUCUUCAGGGACGGCCAGGCGAUUGGGGCUUUUCAUGCCAUGAAGAAGGGGAUUCUGACUACCACCGCUGCCGGCAACGACGGCCCUGAAUUGUUCACCGUAGAGAAUGUGGCGCCGUGGAUUAUGACCGUGGCUGCAACGGGCAUUGAUAGAGGAUUCGUCACCGCUUUCGAACUCGGUAAUGGCAACAAAUUUACUGGAGGUUCCAUCAACACUUUCUCUCCACAGAAACAAAUGCACUCUCUUACAAGCGGGGCCAAAGCCGCCUUCAACAAUGGCACACCCCAUCAAGGAAAUGCAAGUGCUUGUGAUCCAAAUGCUAUGAACCAAAGCAAGGUGAAGGGAAAGAUUGUAUAUUGCUUGAAAACUUAUACAGAUCCCUCCAUCAAAUCCUUAGGAGGCACUGGAGUCAUUCAACUCACUCAACAACAAACCGAUUAUUCCUCUAUUUUGCUUCUUCCUGGGGCUACCAUCCCUUCUGUUUCUGGCAAAUACAUUGAUCUUUAUAUCAAUUCCACCAAGAAUCCUAAAGCUGUCAUUUAUAAGAGUGAAACUGUCAAAAUUGAUGCUCCUUUUGUUGCUUCUUUCUCUUCUAGAGGGCCUCAGCGUAUCAGUAGUAACAUUCUCAAGCCUGAUCUUUCUGCACCAGGGAUAGACAUCUUGGCUGCUUAUACAAAACUAGCAACUUUGACAGGAGAUACGUCAGACAGUAGAUAUAGUUUUUUCACUGUAAUGUCAGGUACAUCCAUGGCAUGUUCUCAUGCCACGGCAGCUGCAGCGUAUGUUAAGUCAUUUCACCCUGACUGGUCUCCGGCUGCAGUCAAGUCCGCUCUCAUGACCACUGCAACCCCAAUGAAGAUCAAAUCUGAAGACGUUGUGCUCGGCUCUGGAGCAGGACAAAUAAAUCCAACUAAGGCAGUGCAUCCAGGCCUUGUUUAUAAUAUCUCGUUCGACUCCUACAUCUCAUUCCUCUGCAAAGAAGGCUACAAUAACACAACAAUUGGCCUACUUGGUGGUAGCAAAAAGUAUAAUUGCUCCAAAAUCAAGCCUGCACAAGGAACCGAUGGUCUCAACUACCCUACAAUGCACAAACAGCUCUCAGAUCCUAGUUCUGCCAUUGAGGCGGUCUUUUAUCGAACAGUAACUCAUGUUGGGUAUGGUGCAUCGUUGUACAGGGCAAAUAUAUCAUCCCCAGAUAGCCUAUCUGUCAAAGUUUUUCCAGACACCCUAAAUUUUGUUAAGUUACAUGAAACAAGGACGUUUAAAGUUGUAGUGAAGGGCAAACCUAUGCCAAAAGGAACACAGAUUCUAUCAGCUUUACUUGAAUGGACCGACUCUAAACACAUAGUUAGAAGCAAUAUCCUUAUCUACAGGGAAAAGAUCUAAGUUUUGACAUGCUUUUUGGUAGAAGACUAGAUGAUCAACUGCAGGUUUUGUUUUUGUAUUGACAUCACGAUUGGUUUUCUUUGUAUAUAAUGAUUGAUGAAUUUGUCCUCUUCAUUCA